AUGACGGCUAGUUUAGGACCCACUCACAAGCGCGGCCCGCCUAAGGGGUAUAUCCUAACCAUCGAACGGCGCUUGCAUCAGGUGGAGGCACUUUUGGGCUCUAUCAUAGGUUCGGAAGACCCACGGGCACGGGGGCUCCUCCAGGAUCUAUCUCAAGACCAUCUAGCCAAUCAAAUUAUUCAAAGGGUAGACGUGGGGCCCUUCGGUUCAAAGGGCCGUGUCACGCAUCCUUUUGGUUCUACGAAAGAAGACUUCUUGUCUUCCAUCUUGACUGGCCUAGAUGAUGGAUCAUCGAAAAGCAACCUCGCUCUGGUGAGCCCUAGCAGCAUCUGGCAAGAUAAUUUACAGCGAUUGCUGUUACCUCGAUCGUCCGAGAUUGGUUUCACUCAGCUACGCUCUGAGCUAGACCCUUUGGACUCAUACAUGCCAGAUCUGAGCAGGCGGAUGUCGUUCCCUCUCAUGUCCAGCAAUAUAACCUUCCCGACGAAAGCUUCGCCCAUCACCCCGUUAGCGGCCCUAUCGCCACUGGCCGCUUUGUCUUCCACGAGUAGUUUUGAAAAUAUUAGCUGGGACAGCCUUGAGGGUCUAGAAAAAAUCGAUAAUGAGUCGGGAGAAUCCGAAGCUUCGGAAAUGAAGGCGCUUCCCAAGACCGGCGAUGUCUACGUCGACGGUGACGCGCAGUUGCGGGUGGCCAGUAGUAUAAGUGGGCUGCAACUGCUGCAUCAAUGUCGGAAGAUUCUAACGGGACGACGCGACGAAGAAACACUCAUCGAUACUUUGUGGUCUCCGGAGGACUCCAAGUCCAUCUCGGAGGUAGCUGUCUUGCCCGCUCUUUUAUCGUCAACAGAGCAACAGCACCACGACCUCAUACAGAUAUACUUUGAGUAUGUACAUCCCAUGUUCCCUGCUAUUAAUAGAACGUACUUCGCCACUUUUUAUAAUCAAAAACUGAACGAUGCUGCACAGUUUUCAACACGAUCACCUGAACUCGCAAGAAUAUCGUUUGAAAUUUUGUUAUUGGUUGUCUCUGCGAUUUCAUUAAGACACGUUGACGUUUACGACUGUCUACCGUGGCUAAAUGAUCUUACAGACACAGUCAGUAGACAGUCACAUCCGCUACUUUGCCAAGCAUCACUAUUGCUGGGUUAUUACUAUGUCGGUGUCGGAAGCGUAGAGAGUAGCUGGCUAUACAUAGGCGUAGCCGUGCGUAUGGCCGUAGCUCUAGGAAUGCACCGAGCUAUACAAGAUUGGGCAUUAUCUGGUGUGGAUGUAGUUCCCAAGGACGAGCAGCAGAUGCGCCAGCAGCUUUGGGCAGGGUGCCUAACUGCUGAUAGGUAUAAGUUUUUAUACAUCUCUGCACUCUUGGGCCGUCCUUCAGUAACUGCCUCGAUCGAUUCCGAUGUCCCGCUUGUAGACACGAAAAGUGCAGAGCCUAUUUUCUACUCUACGCAACGCGAGCGGAACCUGGUCACGGAGUCGAUUAGUGAGGCGACUGUGCUGUCAUGCAUCAAUAGUUCGCGCAUCCUAUCGUCUAUCCUUGCGUCAAUCAUGGAUGAACUCUACCCUUUUACUCAAGUCGCACAAUCCGACCUUGAAAUCCGCGCCAGACAUUUGGAAUUCCGACUGUCUCAGUGGCGCCAAUCUCUCCCGGCAUUUUUACUUCUCGAUUCGUCUGGGAUCGGCACAUCUCCGUCACCAUGCGUACUUGAGCUCCACGCUCAAUACUGGUGGAUUAUGAUCCUGCUCCACCGGGCUUUCAUCCAUGGACCCCUGGCAACCGAUUUCCAUGAUGGUCCAGAGAGUGCGCAAUCCCGAGCACUGACUGUUUGUCAAGAGGCUGCUGGUCAACUCGCAUCAAUAGUCACUGUCAUGCAUAGUCAAUUUGUUCGGUUCACCUCUGCGUUCAUGCCCGGCUACAUCCUGUCUAUAGGAAUCGUAGAUAGUCUUACGUGUGAGAGAAUUGUCACUCAAAACAAUAACUUCGCUGACGUUCUCAAAGUGAGCAUCCUUCAACAAGAUGAGUCAACCAAUGGGAGAUUGCGAAACACCAUGGCCGCCUUGCGACGCAUUGAGAGUAUAUGGCCAAUAGCUAGUACCAUAAGGGAUCUACUGGAUAAGACCACAUCUAUUGGUAGUGACUCACUGUCCGCAGUCGACGCCUCGACACGAACGGCUAACCUGAUGACGUUCGCGACUUUGAGGUCAAACCGGACGGCGGGGGAAGUAUUUCCCGACGACGAUCUCGAUAUGGAGGUCAAGAAAAUGACCACCGUGGAAGUGUCUUCGAGCUACGCGACGAAGGACUCUGGACCAAGCUAUGAUAACCUUGGACGCAUGCUUGGUCUGGACACAGGGGUCGGAUUCAUCACUUCGCCGCCGUACCCGGGCUUCCAGUACAUGGCUCCGCAGCUAGACAGCUCUGCGGACAUGCACUCCUCUCCCGGUAGCGGAAUGAGUUAUGGCAAAGAGGAUUUCAGUCUUGUCGCACCUUCCACAACUUCGUAUGGCCUUCGGUAG